AUGAUACGCACCUCAAAUGUGGAUUGGGAGGGGAGCAUUGAGGAUGGGUGUUUGGGCAUGAGGUUGGAUGCCGAGCAGACAAAGAAGAGGGUUGACAGGUCGUGUCUGGACUACACCAGUGUCCUCGCUGAGGGCCACCACAGAUUUGCAGAGCCUUCGUUCAUGUUUUGUUCAUCAAAGCUGACAAGAUGUGGCAAACACUUCAUUGUGUUGUCAGUGGAAGUCAACAGAAAUACUGUGGAGUUCUGCUUUCUCCUGGAGGUCGUGGACCAGCACUGGGUGCCUAAAUCAGACAAGGCCAGUCUGGAGUAUCGGUGGAGAGGAAGUAAACAUCAUGGUGGGAUCCUGGGUGUCCCAGGGGCGCGGAGACUCGGUCGUGGGGGCAGCAGGCGGCCAGGCAGGAGCCGCCCAACCCUUCUCUUCCCGGGCGUGGCUGCCGGCGCCACCAAAAAAAACCCUCCGCCCUCGCCCGCCAGCCCUCCUUUUGGCAGCCGCGGGUCGGCCGGCGUGAGCUCCCCACCAACCCUGCUCUCUCCCCGGCCGGGCCACGGAGGACGUGAAGCCGGAGUCCCCUCGAUCCCACAGUGCAAGGAGGACGCCGAGGAGUGUACCUGCCCUACGAGACGGGAGACGCAGGAAGUUCUACCUGGAUGGUUCUUAGGCCUUUAUUCUGCUGUGAAAAGCAAGCUGCCUAUAUUAUAGAAACAUGGAAUAACUCAAAUUUGCAUACGACAAAAUAUCAAAGCAAAUUUUAUUAAAGCAAAUUUUCAGCAACUGUUUAGAUAUUUAGUCUUGGAUAUUGCAGAUAAUCCACUGGAAAAUAUAAUACGACUUGUCCCUAUGACGAAGGAGUUUAUUGAUGAGCGCUUACAAACUGGAGGAAAAGUUCUUGUGCAGGGAAAUGCAGGGCUCUCCAGAAGUGAUGUCUUUGUUACUGCAUACAUUAUGGAAAACUUUGGGAUGAAGUACAGAGAUGCAUUUGCUUGUGUGCAGGAAAGAAUAUUGUGUAUUAAUCCUAAUGCUGGAUUUGUCCAUCAGCUUCAGGAAUAUGAAGCCAUCUCCCUAGCAAAAUUAACAAUACAGAUGAUGUCGCCACUCCAAAUGGAAAGGUCCUUAUCUGUUCAUUCUGGUACCACAGGCAGUUUAAAGAGAACACAUGAAGAAGAUGAUUUUGGAAAUGCAAUGCAAGUGGUAACUGCACAGAAUGGCUGA